CUGGGAGCUUGUACGCGGUUGAAGUUAAGAGCCAGGAGACGGAGCGCGCUAGGGAGGUAACACACAAUGUCAGGAGAUGGCACUGCUCUAGAAACAAAACCUGAUUUAAAGCCGAAAGGACCAACAGGCGUUGAGAGGUGGAAAUGGAACCGGAAGAAGUUGUUUCACUGGGUGGUUGUCGUGUCGGCCGUCCUCUACUCCAUGUGGCGAUUUUCGGUCAACGAAGAAAAUGUGUUUCUGCAACAAGAAAUGCGGCGUGCCUUCAAAAGCAGUCCGUACGGCCUUCAGCGCAAAAUGGACGAUACGCAUUGGGAAUGGAAGUAUACGGGCCAUUUUGUUACCAGAAAUUGGGUGUGGUUCCUGCUGCAUCCUUUGCUGGGCCGGGCAACCGCCGGCAUCGCACCAUCGCUAGUGCCCGUGUUCUAUGCUGUGUACACAUCACUCUUCCUGGCCGUCCAAAUCGGUUGGGAGGUAGCGCUCGCUUUCUUGGCCCAGCACGCCGCAUUCCUCGCAGUGGCUGCGCUGCGCGUGCCCGUGUUCUGCUACGUCCUUGCGUCCCUCGUGCUCAUGCAGAAUAAAAUCAACGACAUGAGCUUCUUUCACCACGUGUACGAUAACUACGGGCCGGAGACACACAUGGUGACUUACGUCGCUUUCCAUUGGAAUAUAUUGCGCGGCCUCAGCUUCAGCUUGGACUUUAUACACAACGAGCGAGAGAAGCCCGAGGACAGUCGCAGCCGGUGGCCUCCGUACUGGAGGACGCUGGCCUAUGUUAUCUACAUGCCCGCGGUGUACCUGGGACCACUUCAGAACUACCACGACUACGCGGCACAGCUGGACAAAGCGAGGCCACAGUGCACCCUGCGGGAAAUGGGCGCCGCCAUAACUGGUGUGCUGCGGAGCUGUGCUCACUUUCUUCUGGUUGAAGUCAUGGCCCACUACCUAUACAGCUCCGCGAUGUCCCAGUGGCCCUGGAUGAUCGGAAAGCUCGACCCGGCCAGCCUCGUCGGGUUCGGCCUUUCCCUGCUGUUCUUCUUCUACGUGCGCUACGUGUUCAACUACGGCAUCGCCGGUGCUCUGGCCCGAGCCGAAGGAAUCGAAAUCCCGCCGCACGCCAAAUGCAUAGUAAGGUUGCACCGAUGUUCUCAUUUUUGGAGGUAUUUUGACAGAGGGAUGCAUCUAUACAUAAGAAGGUAUUUCUACGAGCCCGUGGCGGGUGGCCGGAAAGGUGCCGCUUGGUUGGUGCUGGGCACAGCGGCGUCAUUCGCCUUCACCUGGUUCUGGCACGACAUGGAGAGGUCGGACGGGAUAUGGUGCGCGCUGAGCGUACUCGGUAUCGCCAUCGAAGUGCUCGUGGUCCAGGCCAGGAGGUCGUCGUUCGUCAAGAAACUCGAGGUGCGAGCUGCGAAACCGGCCGCGCCAAGCAGCCUCAAACAAAUGCGCAUCGAUUUGCUUGUGGCUUCGGGCUACGAAUGGAGUCGGUACUUGGCGACACCUGGGCGAAUGCGAGAAGCCAAGGCGUUGAUUGGUUCCCCGCACUACCUGCUCACCAUCUGCGCAUGCAUGUUUCACCUGACUGAAUUAAGCGUUGUGCUGGUCCUCUGCAGAGGAGUCCUUUUCGGAUUUCCCUUCCCGCUGGUUCCUGUGCUGGUGGUCCUCUACAGUGCCUGUCACGUCUCCUUUGACGUUGCAGAGUGGGAAGCAACUGACAAGCGAAAGCAAGCCUAGUAACUGCCAUAUUCUGUGCCAUAUUCUACCAUAUUCAGCAGCCAAAGCGUGUUCCACUCAACGCUGGGAGGUUGAAAGUUCAUAUUUUCCUAACUCUUGCUUGUUCAAGUAUUCUGCUCUCUUCUGUUAUAAUUUAACUGCUGUGGAGAGACUGAGAAACGUAGCGCCUCGACUACUUCGUUUUUAUGUGUUCUGCAGCAAAAAAAAAAACAAAUAAAGGAGAAGGAGAAAUAAUGGUUCCCUACGGACACAACUUGGACAUAAAUGUGUCCUUGUGAACGUUGUAUUGUGUAACGUCAACUGCUGCCAGCGAACUGGCAGUUGGCAUGUUAUUUCUUGCUAUACGUUUCAGUUUCGUGUUAGUUCAAUUGUUAUUCCGAGACGAGGCCAUCUAUACCUGCUUUCUUGUUUACUUGCAAAUAAAAGGGACAGGUAUUUAUAACAGCACACAA